AUGGAGGGUGAUGAACCGCCGUCUCCGUCAUAUAUCCACUGCCGCGGCGUCUUCUUUGUUCUCAAAGACAUAUCCAAUUUCAAAACCCCAAAACGCCUCCACAACCCCAAUUUCCACUCUCCAUGCCCACAACAUUUCUUCACCGCCUCCAAACAAACCCCUAAAUCCUACGCUUCGUUCAUGUAUCGUCGUGGGCUCUCCAAGUCAAACGCCAAGACUGUCGCUGCUCGGAGACUCAAGUCUCUGGAGUUGGAACAAACAAAAUCCGCCUACAAGUCAAAGCUCAAAAAGGAACAGUCACUCAAGUCGCUCUCCAAAUCCCUCACCGUAUGGCUUAAUUUUCUUAUUCAAAGCCCUAAAUUAUGUGGCUGUGAUAGAAUUGGGACCUACUUGGUGGUGACCAAGGGGAAGAGGGAAGGAGGAGACGUCAUGACGUGGCGGAGCCCCAAACGGCAUAGGGACAUGUGGUGGAAAGGGGAAAAUGAUAAUGUUGAUGUGGAUGUUGAUUUGGCGGAGUCGAAGUCAUUCAUGUUGAAAAAUUCGUUAAAGGAUGUGUGUAGUUUCGAUGAUUUGAAACAAAGAAUGAGCGUUUACUUGAGUGUGGGCGGUUGCAAAGAGGUUUUCCGUGUCAUGACUCUUGUGAUUAAGAAUAUUGACGAUGGGCGAUUAAAUAUGAAGUCACAUUGUCCCAUUGUAACUGAUUUUGGAAUGAAGGAAAAAGCCACUAGGGUUCUUAUGAGUUAUAACCCGAUUUGGCUUCGAAUUGGAUUGUACAUUAUUUUUGGUGGUGAUUCCUUGUUGUCAAAUGAAGAUGUUAAUUCUGAACAAGAAACGGCAUUCUUGAAAAUGAUAAUUGAGAAGCAAUUUUUCUCACAUGCUGGGCUCGCAAAAGCUUAUGCUUAUAACAAAAAGGUGGAGGGUUUAUACAGACCAGGUUAUUAUGAAACUUUGGGGACUGUUAUAUUGAAGAGAUUUUUGCUGCUUGUUCUCAUACUUGAUAGAGCUAAAUUUCAAGGCAUUCUUCCACUCAAGUAUGGUAUUGAUGGUAUUGAUGGGGGUUCUCCUCUUUUGUUCUUAGUGAAAUCUAGUAUCAAAUCAAGCCGCCAAGUGAUUGUUGAUUUCUUAUCUUUGGAUGUAAUGCACGGAGAAGGUAAUCUUCUUGCGCACCUGGUGAUUGUAGGAUACAAAGUUUCUUACCAACAGUCUCCCCUGGUUGAGUAUGAUUUCAGAGUGAGAGAUUUAUUUGUAGAUCUCCAAGAUGGACUGCGGCUUGGUAGAAUCAUACAACUCUUGCUACAGGACGCCUCAAUCCUUACGAAAUUGGUAGUCCCAUCUGAUACUCGCAAAAAGAAUUUAACAAAUUGUGGCAUUGCUCUGCAAUAUUUGAGAAAGGCUGGUGUAAUGUUAUAUGAUGAAGAUCGAACAGCAAUUAUGGAAGAUGAUGUUGCUGAUGGAGAUAAAGAACUUAUUCUUUCCUUGCUAUGGAACAUGUUCGUGCACUUGCAGUUACCACUUCUGAUAAACAAAAAAGUCUUAGAAGAGGAAAUUUGCAAACUUCAGGGAACUAGUGUGGACCAAUUGAAUAGUAUUGGUUCUACUCUGGAUAUGCUUUUGAAUUGGAUCCAGGUGGUUUGCCAAAAGUAUGAUUAUCAGAUCGACAAUUUUUCUUCAUUGGUUGAUGGAAAAGCCAUAUGGUGCUUGCUUGAUUUUUACUUCCGGAAGGCAAUUAGUUGUUCCUGUUCUUCCAAGGACCAUCAUGAAACAAGAGGUGAAGAAUCAAUUAUGUCAGCCACUGAUUACACAGAUGCAUUUCACAACUUAAUAUUGUCACAGAAAUUGACAACAUUAUUGGGAAGCUUUCCAGAGGUUCUGCAAAUGAGUGAGAUACUUGAACAUAAUGGUGCUUGUAGUGAUCGGAGUGUGGUAAUUCUGUUGGUGUUCCUCUCAUCUCAACUGAUUGUCAAGAAGAACAUGGAUCAACUAAACUUUCAUAAACUAUUGGACUGUAAUUGUCAAAUUUUGGAGAGGAGACGUUCAAAUAUUGAAUGCUGGACUGUGAAUUCUGUAGCAUCGUCAGACCUACAUGAUGAAAAAGAUGACAGCAAUGAAGAUGCAGUGAGGAAGUUUAAGGCCCUUCAGGCUUGGUGGCGAGAAAUGGCUGAGAAGAAUUACAAAAGUGCCUCAAAACCUCUUAUCUCUACUUGGCAGAGCUUCUCAACUAGCAAUGACAACAUUAACCUUGAAAAAGGUACUAGAGUAGGCCAAGCUGUAGAAGGUAUUGUGAAACAAUCCGAGGCGGAGGCAAAAAUACGAGGAAAUGCUGCUCAAGUCAUACAGUCUCAUUUCAGGAGGUGGAUUCAACGUCGCAGUUUCUUGAAGAUGAGGACUGCAGUUUCAUUUUUGCAAAUUGCUAUUCGGGUGUCGUUAGAAGUGAAGUUUAAUUCAACACUUCAAGAUUUCGAUACUGAAAACGUCAAACACUCUGAGAUAGUGAGAUAUGUAAAGUUCAUUGUUGAGAAACAUGGUUUUGGCAGGUUAAAGAAAUCGGUAUUAUUCAUUCAGCGAGCAACUAGAACUUGGAUCAGUCACAAACGUCUGGUAGAGAGCAUGCACAAUCAGGCUGUAUCCUCUCCUUAUCUAGUUAGUGGUGCCAUGGAUGUUCAGACAUGUGUUCCCAGCAUCCUUGAAAUUGAGAAAACUCCGCUUAUGUAUCAAGAAAAGGGUGACAGGAAAUUGGAAACAGAAGCAGCACUUAAAAUUCAGUUGGCUUGGAGAAAUUUCACAUCAAACAAGUCCCUUCACAAGAAGUGUGUUGCUGCAACUAAAGUUCAGAGUCAUUUCCGUGGUUGGCAGUUAAGACAAAGAUUCUUAGUUCAGAAGCAAGCAACAAUAAAAAUUCAAAGUCAUUUCCGAUGCAUAACCUGUCAAAGGGCAUUUCAGCAAAACAAAGUUGUCAUAAGGUCAGCUAUCGUCAUUCAAUCUUGCAUACGUGGUUGGAUAGCUAGGAGACGAGCCUCGAGACUUUGGUAUCUCAUUGUUAUCAUCCAAGUAAGUUUUGCUGAUUGGUUUUAAGUGAUCUGAAGUUUCGCAUUCCACUUCUCACCCUAA